AGCGGCGGGGAAAUUCAAACGUGUGUGCGGAGAGGGGCUGGAGUACCCAUCUUUUCUUCUCAGCUCCGCUUUUUCGCGGAGAGUCCUGCCUUGGCGGCGAACGGAGGGGCGGAGGCGGCCGGGGUGUUUUGGCCCUUGAGCCGAGCCGCGCGGGCCGGUGAGCGAAAUGGAGGCUGAGGAGUUAAGUGGCAGAGAGUUGACAAUUGAUUCCAUAAUGAACAAAGUGAGAGAUAUUAAAAAUAAAUUUAAAAAUGAAGAUCUUACUGACGAGCUAAGCUUGAAUAAGGCCUCCACUGACACUACAGAUAACUCAGGAACUGUUAACCAAAUUAUGAUGAUGGCAAACAACCCAGAGGACUGGUUGAAUUUGUUGCUCAAACUGGAGAAAAACAGUGUCCCUUUAAAUGAUGCCCUUUUAAAUAAAUUGAUUGGUCGUUACAACCAAGCAAUUGAAGCACUUCCUCCAGAUAAAUAUGGACAAAAUGAGAGUUUUGCUAGGAUUCAAGUGAGAUUUGCUGAACUAAAAGCUAUUCAAGAGCCAGAUGAUGCACGUGACUACUUCCAAAUGGCCAGAGCAAACUGCAAGAAAUUUGCUUUUGUGCAUAUAUCUUUUGCACAGUUUGAACUAUCACAAGGUAAUUUCAAAAAAAGUAAGCAACUUCUUCAUAAAGCUGUGGAAUGUGGAGCAGUGCCACUAGAAAUGUUGGAAAUUGCCAUUCGGAAUUUAAACCUUCAGAAAAAGCAGCUGCUUUCAGAGGAGGAAAGGAAGAGCUUAUCUGCAUCUACAAUAUCAAGUGCACAAGAACCAUUUCCCAAUACACUUGGACAUUUACAGAAUAGGAACAUUAGUUGUGAUUCUAAAGGACAGACUACUAAAGCCCGGUUCUUAUAUGGAGAGAACAUUCCCCCUCAAGAUGCAGAGAUAGGCUAUCGAAAUCCCUUGAAACAAACAAACAAGGCUAAACGGUCAUGCCCAUUUGGAAGAGUCCCAGUUAACCUUCUAAGUAGCCCGGAUUCCCAUGAGAAGACGGAUGUUUCAGUUGCACCACAUUUUACUAAAAGACAUAUCUCUGGGUCAGAGUGCCGAGAUACAAUCACGCCUGGAUCUAAAUCAAGUGGAAAUGAUUCCAACGAAUUGAGACAUUUAAAGUCUGUUCAAAAUAUUCGUUCCAAGGAACCUGUGAUGUCAGAUGAGAAGAGUUCUGAACUUAUUACUGAUUCAGUAACCCUGAAGAAUAAAAGUGAAUCAAGUUUUCUAACAAAAUUAGAAGAAACUAAAGAACAUCAAGAACUAAAGGUUCCAGAAAGUGAUCUGAAACAAUGGCAAUCAAAGAGAAAGUCUGAGUGUGCAAACCAGAAUCCUGCUGCAUCUUCCAGUCAGUGGCAGAUUCCAGAGGUAAUCCCUAAAGUUGAUACAGAGCAGAAACACACCACUUUUGAGCAACCUGCCUUUUUGGUUUCCAAGCAGUCACCACCAAUAUCAACACCUAAAUGGAUUGACCCAAAAUCUAUUUGUAAGACACCCAGCAACAGUGCCUUGGAUGAUUACAUGAGCUGUUUUAGAACUCCAGUGGUAAAGAAUGACUUUCCAGCUGCUUGUCAGUUGUCAACACCAUAUAGCCAGCUUGCCUAUUUUCAGCAGCAACAGCAGCAAAUACCUGUUACUCCACUUCAGAAUUUACAGAUUUCAGCAUCCUCUUCAACAAAUGAAUGCAUUUCAGUUAAAGGAAAAAUAUAUUCCAUAUUGAAGCAGAUAGGAAGUGGAGGUUCAAGUAAGGUAUUUCAGGUGUUGAAUGAAAAGAAACAAAUACAUGCUAUAAAGUAUGUGAACUUAGAAGAAGCAGAUAGCCAAACAGUUGAUAGUUACCGGAAUGAAAUUGCUUAUCUGAAUAAACUACAACAACAUAGCGAUAAGAUCAUCCGACUUUAUGAUUAUGAAAUCACAGAUCAGUACAUCUACAUGGUAAUGGAGUGCGGAAAUAUUGAUCUGAAUACUUGGCUUAAAAAGAAGAAAUCCAUCAGUCCAUGGGAACGGAAGAGUUACUGGAAAAAUAUGUUGGAGGCAGUUUACACAAUUCAUCAACACGGUAUUGUUCACAGUGACCUGAAACCUGCUAACUUUCUGAUAGUUGAUGGAAUGCUAAAGCUAAUCGAUUUUGGAAUUGCAAACCAAAUGCAACCAGAUACAACAAGUAUUGUUAAAGACUCCCAGGUUGGGACAGUUAAUUAUAUGCCACCAGAAGCAAUCAAAGAUAUGUCUACUUCAAGAGAAAAUGGGAAGUCCAAAUCGAAGAUAAGCCCAAAAAGUGAUGUUUGGUCCUUAGGUUGCAUUUUGUACUAUAUGACUUACGGGAAAACACCAUUUCAGCAUAUAAUUAAUCAGAUUUCUAAAUUACAUGCCAUAAUUGACCCUAAUCAUGAAAUUGAAUUUCCUGAUAUUCCAGAGAAAGAUCUUCAAGAUGUAUUAAAGCAUUGUUUAAUAAGGGAUCCUAAACAGAGGAUAUCCAUUCCUGAGCUUCUGGCACAUCCGUAUGUUCAGCUUCAAACUCAUCCAGGUAACCAGACGGCUAAGGGAACUGCUGAAGAAAUGAAAUAUGUUCUGGGCCAACUUGUUGGCCUGAAUUCUCCUAAUUCCAUUUUGAAAGCUGCUAAAACUUUAUAUGAGCAAUACAGUGGUGGUGAAAGUCAUGAUUCCUCUUCAUCAUCCAAGACUUUGGCAAAAAAAUGGGAAAGAAAAUGAUUUGUGGCUACUCGUGAACUGUCAGGCAUCACCUGUAAAACAUCGGGACUGUUAAACUCUUGGUUCUCUGUGGAAAUCUCUUGAAGACAGCUUCACUCUGAAAUGUUACUGACAGAAAAAUUUAGUGGAUUAUCCUCAAAAGAAAACUGUAAAAACCCGCUAAUGGCACUGUAUGUAUUAAAUUGUAGAAUUGUUUUCCUUUUUAUGCUUCCCUAUAAAUCUAAUCUAUUUGAUAUCAUUUUCACACUUGGGAUAGUAGAUGGAAAAUGGAAAUAUAUUCUGAAGAACUAUGUAAAUAGGCUUUGUAUAGUAUAAAAUGACACUAAAUUUUCAAAGUUAUAGAAUUGUUUUCUUUAAGCAAAUAUACUGUUGGUGAGGCAACAGAUUUCUUAAUAAAAAUGGAUUAAGGGAAAACAUGAGAGUAGACCUUAGUAAUUAACUUUGGGGGAAAAAAUUCCAAAGGUUUCAAAUUCUAAAAGAGAUUUCCAGUUGUUUUAUGGCACUGGAAAUACUGCAUCAUUUUAAAGCUGUACUUGCCUUUUUUAAUUUUCUUUGAUUCUUCAUAAUAUCUUUGUUUUGGGUGUUCACAGAAUCAUGCUGGAUUCCUAGACAUAGGCAGUGUAGAGCAUGACCUCAUUGUAUGACUUGCUUAAUGAUGAGCAAUUACAAAUGUGGUCCCGGAAUUUCUGAGUCUAAACCUAACAGGUUACUUAAAGAUAUUAUCAUAUAGUAUUCUUUUCCCCAAUAUUUUCUAUUUUGAUAGACUUUUUUUUUUAUUAAGACUUUAUUUUUAAAAUAGUUUUGGAUUCACAGCAAAAUUGAGGGGAAGGUGCAGAGAUUUCCCAUUUAACUCCUGAGCCCACACAUGCAUGGCCUGCCUCCCUAUCAGCAUCCACCACCAGAGUGGUGCUGUUGUUACAUUUAAUAAGCCUACAUUGGCACACUAGUAAUCACCCAGAGUCCAUAAUAUAUAUUACAGUUCACUCCGUGCUGCAUGUUCUAAGGAUUCAAUAAGAGUAUAAAAACAUCCAUCAUUAUGCUCUUUUAAGAGUAUUUUCACUGCCUGAAAAAUUCUCUGCGCUCUACCUGUUUAUCUCUCUCCUACUUCUAACCCCUGGCAACCACUGAUCUUUUCACUGCCUCUAUAAUUUUGCCCUUUCUAGAAUGCUCCCAUAUAGUUGGGAUUAUACAGUGUUUAGCCUUUCAGAUGAGCUUCUUUCACUUAGCAAUAUGCAUCCACCUUCCUGUCUUUUCAUGGCUUGAGAGCUCAUUUCUUUUUAGUGCCUAAUAGUAUUCCAUUGUGUGGAUGUACCAUGGUUUAUCCAUUCAUGUACUGUAGGCCACCUUGAUUGCUUUCAAAUUUUGGCAAUUAUGAAUAAAACUGCUCUAAACAUCUGUAAGUAGGUUUUUGUGUGGUAUUCAGCUUCAAAGAGUUGAAUACCAAGGAGCAUGAUUGAUGUAUUAUAUGGUUAAAGUAUAUUCAGUUUUAUAAGAAACUGCCAAGCUGUCUUUCAUAGUGACUGUACUAGUUUGCAUUUUCUUCAGCAGUGAAUGAGAGUUUCUGUUGCUCCAUAUCCUUGUCAGCAUUUGAUGUUCAUGUUCCAGAUUUUGGCCUCUCUAGUAGAUUUGUUGUGAUAUCUCAUUGUUCUUUUUAUUUGCAUUUCCCUGUUGACAUUAUAUUGUGUAGAGAAUCUUUUCAUAUACUUACAUCUGAUAGCUUCUUUAGAGAGAUCUUUUCUCCUUUUUCAAAGAUCUGUUAACUGUAUUUAUGGGUGGUCUAUUUCUGGGCUGUCUGUUUGGUUCCAAUAAUCAAUUUAGCUUUUCCUUCAUCAAUACAUGCUGUCUUGAUUACUGUCACUUUAUAGUAAGUCUUGAAGUCAGGCAGUGUCAGUCUUCCAACUUUCUUCUUCUCCUUCAGUAUUGUGUUGACUCUCCUGGGUUUUCUGCCAAUUCAUGUAAACUUUAGAAUCUCUUUGUUAAUAUCCAUAAGGAAACUUGCUAGAGUUUUGAUUGGGAUUGCAUUGAAUCUGUAGAUCAAAUUGGGAAGAACUGACAUCUUGACAAUAUUGAGUCUUCCUAUUCCAAGAACAUUUAUUUUCCAUUUAUUUAGCUCUUCCUUGAUUUAAUUAUUCAGAGUUUUUUCAGUUUUCCUCAUAUAGACCUUGUACAUAUGUUGUUAGAUUUAUACAUUAGCAUUUCAUUUUGGGCGGGGGGUGGCUGAUGUAAAUGGUUGGAGGAGGAAAUGGCAACCCACUCCAGUACUCUUGCCUAGGAAACCCCAUGGACAGAGGAGCCUGGCAGGCUACAGUCCAUGGAGUCUCAAGAGUCGGACACCACUAAGCAAGUAAACCACCACCGAUGUAAAUGGUAUUGUGUUUUUAAUUUCAAAUUCCACUUGUUCUUUGCGGUUAUAUAGGAAAACAAUCAAUAUUUAUAUAUCAGUGUAGCUAUUGUUGGUUAUUUGUUUCAGAAGUGUUUUUUAUUGAUUUUUUUUUUAAAUUUUCUGCAUACAUGAUAAGUUUCUCACUAUUAGGUAUGCUGUUUGCUGUAUGAUUUUUUAUGGCUAUUCUUUAUCAAAAUGAGAAAUCUCUUUCUAGAUUGCUGAAAGUUUUUAUCAUGAAUGGGUAUUUGAUUUUAUCAAACGCUUUUUCUGUAUCUAUUGAUAUUAAUAAUGAUUACGUGAUUUUUCUUUUUUUAGCCUGUUGAUGUAAUGGAUACCUGUAUGGCUGUUAGUGUAGCUGGCAUCAUCCCGGCCCCUUCCGGUUUCCCCUGUCCUCCUGCUGACCUUAAGCAGGAUUGCACUGUGUCUUACUUUCAAGCCCCUGCCCUGCCCUGAGGUAGCUGUCAGCUUGUCCCGGUGGCCCCUCUGUGCAGGGCCGCUGUCCGUGCUUCUGCCCAGGCCCACCCUGGGAUUAACUUACCCUAGCAGUUUUUAUUGGUCUGUUUUCAAAAAAAAUCAGCUGUUGGUUUUGUUGAGUUUCUCUUUUUGAUUUCUUGUUUCCGAUUUCAGUGAUUUCUGCUCUAAUUUUUAUUAAUUUUUUUCUUCUGUUUACUUUGGAUUUAAUUUGCUUUUUUUUUAUUUUCUAAAGUACAAACUUAAAUCAUUGAUUAUAGAUGUCUCUUGUAUUUUUAUUUAACUUAGCUGUAAAUUUUAUUUUAUGUACUACUUUUACUGAAUCCCAUAAAUUUUGAUAUAUUCUAUUUUCAUUUCUAUUAAUUGAAAUAUUUUAAAAUUUCUCUCCAGGGUGUGAAUACUAGGAAGCAGAGAUGGGUUACCUUUGAGACUCACUACCAGCAAAUGUUAGCUCUCUUUAUGAUUUUUUUUUCCCCUAUUUCAUACAGAUUUUAAAGUUUAUCCUUAAAGAGUGUUGGCCUAAAUUACCUUUUCCCUUUUUAAACUUUUACAUAUGUAUAUAUUCUUAAUCAAUAUACUGAUAUCUCCUUAAUUUGUUCUUGAAAAAUCUUCUAUGUAAAAAUAACAUUUCAUAGAAUAGUAAAACACCCUUAAACAAGGGACAAGCUAUCAAGUUAGGGUUACAGUGUUUAAAAUAACAUUUUCUGAUUGCUAAAUUAUGUCCAGUUUUGCCCUGUGUAUUUUGAGGCUAUUUCACUAGAGGCAUACAAACUUGGAAUUUUUUUAUCUUCCUGGUAAGUGUAAUGGUCACCAUUUCAUAGGGAUUCUCUUAAUUUCUAAAUAUAUAUUUGUCUUGGCCUUUCCAUGUUUCUUUGGUUAAUAGUUGCCUCGUACACAUAUAUAUUCUUUAAUUUCUGUGUCCUUUUAGGAAUAUCCCGUGUAAAUAACAUGCCUGAAUUUUACCUUAUAUUGUCACUGGCGAUUUCCUUCUUACCUAAUAGAUUAACUUAAUCUAUUAAUAUUCAUUAUGAUUAUAUUAAAUGUGUUCCUACGAGCAUAUGCUUGUAUUUCUAUUUAAUACUUGUUCUAUGCUUCCUUUUUUUUUAAGUCACCCCUCCCAUCUUUUUUCCUAGUUUUGUGUUUCUUUGCCUAUUUCAUAAUUUCCCCAUUGAUGGCUUAGAAUUUUAUUUUACUUUUUUUUGUCUUCUGUUGUUAGUCUUAAAUUUUACCAUGCUUAUUUAACUUAUCAAAGAUUUAAGUUAAACAUCUCGACUUCCUGCCAAAGAAUUCAAUGACUUUAAUGUACUUUAACUACAUUAACACAACUUCUGUGGCAUUGUGGUGUAAUGGUUUUAUCCUACUAUAACCCUAUAGACUAUUAAAAUUUUAUACAAACAAUAUUUAUUUAAGAUUCACAUAAACAUUAUUUUUUUCAGGUCUGAAUUCUGAACUGAUAGUUAUUUUCUCUUUGCACAUUGAGGUUAUUAUUGUACAUUGUUAUUAUUGUAUAUUGUUUCUGUUAUUGCUAUUAGAAACUCUUCUAUCUAUCUCAUUAUUAUUUCAAAAUAAGUGAUCUGCCUUUCUCUUUGGCUGAUUUUAAGAUCGUUCUACCUUUUGUAAUCUGCUCUUUCACUAAAAUAUGGCUAGUCUUUUUCUUUUAAUUGUUCAGUACAUAUUAUGCUUGCCAAGUGUUUGGAAUCACAUAUCUUCUUGAUUCAACAUUUCUGAGCCAUGAUAUCUUCAUACUUUUUCAUUUUUAAGAAUUCCAUUUGGUUAUUUUUCUAAUAUGCCCAUUUUUCCUUGAUGAUUUCUUGCUUCUUCCUCAAAUGUGUGAUUCUUUAAUCAUUUUACAUUAUUAUUCUUUAAUCAUUUUACAUGGAACAAUUUUACAUUUCAUACCUACGAUUCCAAUGAUAUUUCUGCAUUGAAAUCUUUUUUUUUUCCCCUAACUCUGAUGGUGAUUUUUUUUUACUGAAUUGGAGAUUUCUAAGACCACUCCCAAGUUUGAUGAUUUGCUCAGAGAACUCAGAGGAUUCAGCAUAUGGUUAUGGCUUAUUCUAGUGAAAGGGUAUAAUUAGCAAAGGAAAAGGUGGAGCAAAAUCCACAGGAAACAUGACAUUAGGUCCGAGGGUCCUCUCCCAGUGGUUGCACAUGGGGUGCACUUAAUUUGCUAGCAACAAUUCCCUUCUUGUGAGUUUUGUUGUUCUUUGUGAUGUAUUUGCUUGAUCUCAAUGGUUGGAAAUCCUUAAGGAAGCUGGUGUUUGCUGUUAAACCAGUAUUAGUAUCAAUCAGAGUAGGUUAUUGUCAUGGUAACAAGCAACCCUAAAAGUUAUCAAUAGUUGUAAGCAAUGAAGUUCUGUUUCCUGCUAAUAUCUGUGGGGGAGGAAGGAGUAUACUGCUCUGGGUUGUCCUUACACUCUCAGAACCAGAUUUUGGGUUGCCAUAGCAGACAGAAAGGGAAAGUGUGAUAAAUUUUACUCUGUCUCUUAAAAUUACUCCUUUUAAGUGACAUCCUUAACUUCCAUACAUAAUUCAUUGGCUAAAGAAGUUACAUGGCUUAAUGUAAUAACCAUGUGUUCAAAAAAGAAAAAGCUAAAAAUAUGUGAUGAACAUCACUAAUUAAAAUUCAACAGAAGAUAUAGCAGUACCCUUUCUUAUUUUGCUUCACGUAGGGGUUCCUACCCUGUAGUUCAGGGCUUCCCAGGACUGCUGGGUAUGGAGUGACCCAAAGAGAGGUGAAGUAUUCUUUUUUUUUUUUUUGGCUGUGUUGAGUCUUCAUUUCUGCUCAGCUCUUCUUGUUCUCUAGCUGCAGUGCCGGCUUCUCAUUGCGGUGGUUUCCCUGGAGCAGGGGCCGUAGGGCAUGUGGGCCUCAGUGGCUGUGGCACACGGGCUUAGUUGUCCAUGGCGUGUGGGAUCUUCCCAGAUGAGGGAUUGAACCCGUAUCUCCUGCACUGGCAGGCUGAUUCUUUACCACCGAACUACCAGGGAAGCCCAGAAUAGAAGUUUUCUCUUGUGUCACUCUGGUGGGUUUUUAUCUUAUGCGCCUUUCCCAAAGAGCAAAUUUGGGCUGCUCUCCAUGGUGUUCUCCUUUGUCUUUCUUCUUUUCUUUCUUUCUUCCUCUCUGUUCUACUUCUCCACUUUUACCUCCAUAGAGAAAGUCUAUCGUACUGAAGAGGAAAAUGUAUUUGUAAUGACACUACUUAAUUGCUUAAUAGUUAAAGUAAGAAAUAACUUUUAUUGGGUUACAAUGUUUGUAGAGCCAUAAUUGUGUGUGUGUGUGUGUGUGUGUGUAAAAUGUAUAUAUAUAUGUAUAGAUACUGAGUUAGUCAGAAAAUACAUUUGAGUUUUUCCAUAAAGAACUUUUUGGGCAACCCUAUAUAUAUAAAACCAAUUUGUAUACUGUUAUUAGAAAUGUACUAAAUUAAUGCAUUUGAGAGAAUAAGAUCAGAAAGGUCCCCGUAGCCACAGAUAGGGUAAGGAGGAGGUGAUUGUGGAUGGUUGUUUUAUAUUCUGGCUACAACUUCACCAGUGAGGUAAAGCAAGAACACAGUUGGUACUCAAGCAGGUAGAGCAGAGGGUCCAGCCCACUCUGUAACAAAGUCUUCACUUAGUUCAGGGAUAUUAUAAUGUCCUUAUAGGAUACAUAAUAUGUGUAUGUGUAUAUAUACAUAUAUACAUAUAAGGCAGAGAAGGCAAUGGCACCCCACUCCAGUACUCUUGCCUGGAAAAUCCCAUGGACGGAGGAGCCUGGUAGGCUGCAGUCCAUGGGGUUGCGAAGAGUCAGACAUGACUGAGCAACUUCACUUUCACUUUUCGCCUUUAUGCAUUGGAGAAGGAAAUGGCAACCCACUCCAGUGUUCUUGCCUGGAGAAUCCCAGGGAUGGGGUCACACAGAGUCGGACACGACUGAAGUGACUUAGCAGCAUAUAUAUAUAUAAGGAGGUAUAAUAUACUUUUUUUAAAAGCAUGUGCAAGUGAAGAACAGUGAUAACUAGUCAUGGAGCAAUGGUGGACUAGCUAACUCUACUUGGGAGAAAAGUCUAAUGGAGUUUGUGGUGGUGGUGGGGUCAGGGUGGUGUGUUUUGCAGGCAGAUAGUGGAGGAGUGGAGAUGGGUUGGAGAAGGGUUGGGAACCACACUGGGAAGGCAUACUGGGGGAGAUUGAGUAUGCUGCCUUUCUUCCCUUUGGUGGGGCAGAUCAGGCUGACUACACCUGGUGAAUUGCCUCUUCCAUCUCAUCUCUUGGGAUAAAUAUAAACUAAUCACGUGUUGUGUUAAUUGCUCAGUUGUGUCCGACUGUUUGCAACCUCAUGAACUGUAGCCCAGCAGACUCCUCUGUCCAUGGGAUUCUCCAAGCAAAAUGAAGUCAUUUCCUUUUGAAUAUGUGAUUUAGUGCUUUUUGUUUGUUUUGUUGGAGUAUAGUUGAUUUACACUGUUGUUUUAGUUUCAGGUGUACAACAAAGUGAUUUAGUUAUAUGCAUACAUAUAUCUGUUCUUUUUCAGAUUCUCUUCCCCUAUAGGUUAUUACAGAUUAUUGAGUAGUUCCCCGUGCUAUACAAUAGGUCCUUGUUGAUUAUCUAUUUUAUUCAUUUAGUGUUUUUUUAUUACAAAAGGAAAAUAGUCUCAUCUUAAUCUACCUGAGGAGUAUAAUAGAAGCAUAAAUAAUGCUUAAUCCCAUCAC